AUGUCGUCAGGCAAGAAAGGCCCUACGGUACUCGUUACUGAUUCCAGGGAGAGACCGCGUCAACGAAGGGUACUGCGUUACCAGCAUACAUCUUCUGGCCCACCUAACCGGAUGCCCAUGAAAUUCAUGACAGUCGAUAAUGUUUUACAAUACAACACUCAGAUUCCAUCCGGUCAACCACGAGGGCCUCCCACUCCACAAAGACCUCAUACAUCUGCCGAAGGCAGCCAGGGUAGACGGGUCACAUCUGGCGGCGGCUUGCCCAAUCUUCAAUCACGAACCGGCCAGCCUAUGCCAUCACGAACAACCAAGAUCAGCCAGAAGCUAGUCCUUCUACCAGAGACUGACGAUAACGAGGGUGGCGACGCCGAAGAAGAGGUGGAAAGCGAAACAGUUUUGGCACGGAGAUUGCAAAAUGAAGAAAGCCGGCCGCUAAAGGACGAGGAGUUGGACGUUCUACGGAAGAGGGGCGGAGUCAGAGGCAAGAGCUAUGCUGAAAGACUUCCCAAGCCUCAGAGAAAAGACAAAGUAAGCCGCCUUACUGCCUACUGCACCGCCCAGGCCUACAAGACGGCAGAAACGUCCGAAUUUCUGAGGAAGAAACACGACGCAAAGACAAAGCUGUACGACGACUGUUUGUAUGCCAUCUAUGCUCUGCCGUUGUUAAACGGUACGGAGGGAUAUCGAGUACGGGGCCGGCCAAUGCUCAAAACCCCGGGCACGGGCAAGACGAUGCUCGACUUGGAGAUUGAACGAAGCGAACAGCGAGAUCACCACGAGGGAUAUUUUGAGGAUGACGCAUAUACUCAACCAGAGAGCCCGGAAUCAGGUAGCCGAGAUUCCCCGACACACGGUUCCUCAAGAUCUAGAUCUCACCAAAAUAAUAUUCGACAGGAGCAAGAUGACGGAAUUCCAUCACAAAUGAACCGCCUAGCGCCAGACGCCAAAAACUUUGCCGAGAUGUUCGUCUUCUCCUACGGCGUUGUGGUGUUUUGGAACUUUACGGAGCAUCAGGAGAAGGACAUUCUCGCUGAUCUUACGUUUGCUGAUGCUGAGAACCAUAUAAGUCUGUUGACACGCCCGCUAGAGCAAGACGAUUUUGAAACGGAAGAAUUUCAUUUUGAAUACAGCGAGGAUGUCAAGAGGCCGAGGGUUUUCAACGACAUGAUCACCCUGCUACCUCGGUCUGAUCACAUGAUCAAAUUAACUAUUAGCCAUGCCAUUGCCCAAAGCACCAAGCUGUGCUUUUUCGAGGAGAGAAUGGGUGAAACCAUGUUGGAUGCUCAGCAUGUGCCGAAAACGUUGGCUCUCACUGGAAAACUAAAUAUGACGAGAGUCGAGAUUGUCACACUUCUGGGUAGACUAUUCAAGAGCAGAGUGGAUAUUAAUCUUUCAUCGAAUAUUCUGGACGUACCCAACUUCUUUUGGGACUCGGAACCUACACUGCAUCCGCUUUACGGCGCCAUCCGCGAGUAUCUCGAAAUAGAUCCUCGAAUCAAGGUUCUCAAUGAAAGAUGUCGAGUAUUUCUCGAUCUCGCUGAGAUUUUGUCUGAUUCAAUAGCUGAUUCCAAGAUGAGCUACAUUACGUGGAUAGUUAUUAUUCUCAUCUUUGUUAGCAUCUUGGUCACCGUUACUGAGGUUAUUCUACGGUUUGUUAUGCUCAAGAAAAGCGGGAGCAACUCCAAAUUUGGCGGGCCCUUUACAGCUAUAUCUUGGAGAGGCAACAUUGACCCUGCUGGAGUUCCUAAAAUCCUCUCUAUACCUUCGGCAUCAUCUUCUGCCGGAGCUCACGGCAGCUCGGUGUCAGGAGAACAAGGUAGCCAGAAUACUGGACCGGAGAUUGAAGCGCACAAGGACCUUGAAAUAUUGGCCCUAACUCUGGGCUUGCAAUCGAAUGCAACCUUGAACGACAUCACACGCGGAAUUAACAAUCUGAAGCAAGCGGCAAGGUGCACCAACCCCGACGCUAUCGAUGAGCUAUCUCUCCCGGGUUCGGGAGAGCUAAAAAAGAAGAACAUGAUGGAGGUGUCCUAG